GGCAGUACAUUGUUUAUCACAACAGAUCGCUCAUAAGCAACUGGAGGUGUAUAUUUUGAUGACUUAGUCUGUAUCAGUUGAUAUCUACAAAGGCUUGCUGACCACUACAGACAGACAAUAUGACGAUCAGAACGACCCAUUCAACAUGUGUGGCUAUAUUAAUCGUCUUAGUAGUAAUCACUCAUUCCAGACCCUCAUUCCGGACACUUCAAAGCUUCUUCAACUUGGCCGCUAUGGUAGAGUGCACGGUACACUCAUCGAACGUUGAUGGCGCUUUAGGAUUUGUAGGUUACGGCUGUUACUGCGGCUUAGGCGGAGGAGGAGAUCCGGUGGAUGCAAUAGACACGUGCUGUCAAUCUCACGAUGAAUGUUAUGGAGGCUUACAAGAAGACCAGUGCCUCACCAUGUCAGUUUACCUGGAGGGAUACGAAUACGAACACGACGGUUGUCGCUCUGACAGUGCAAAGAUCGAGUGCAAAUCCUCAGAUGACUACGGUGGUGGUCCGAGUGCAAGGUGCAAGUCGUCGCUAUGCAACUGUGACAGGCAAUUGGCUGAAUGCUUAGCUAUGCAGGCGACUAGUUACAACAAAAUGUAUGAAGGCUGGCAAUUUGGUGAACAGUGUCAACAAUAAAAGGUAGUUGAUUAGAUGGCCUCAACAUUGAUGCUACUGAAGGGGAAACUGAGUUACUUGAUUAAUCACUUACCUAAUGGAAACGUUACAAAGAAUUACAAUAUCACGUUCAGGAUAGGCAACAUUAGUCUCUUACAAUAUUUGAUUAGAUGAUUAAAAAAAAACGCACAUUUAUUUGAAAACCAAAAUCUAAAAUCGACUGCUAGGCGUACACAAUCGUGAUGAAUGGACACCCACAAGUGUUCAGCACUGGAUACAUUACUUAUUUAAAAUUGUAUGUAGAUAGAACAUUUAAAUUUCAGGAUGAUAUGUAAUAAAUUGGUGGUAAUUCAA